CCCGCUUUAUUCUUGACCGGCAGAAUGCGUGGCUUCGAGCCGCAGCAUGCUGCAGUCUGUUCUCCAGUCGUAGACGGAAUGCCUGCCAAGCCUAUAACCCAGCCCCGGAACAAAUGAACGCUGUCUUCGGCCCCCUCCCAAGAUCUUACCAAGAUAUGCCGAGCACGAUAUUAAAGUUCACCGAUGCUUCAAUACGAGUCUUGGAAGCCAACACUAGGGUUCGGAGUACCUGCGAUAGGAAGGUAUCUCGAUGACGGCCAUUUGUGCCUAUCGCACGCGACCGUUUACGUGCGACAAGCGCAGAGAGGACAAGAGAUAUAAGAGCCACGGUGCGGCACCCAGGUUACUGGAUCAUCAACUGCCACCCGUCAAUUCGCAGUCUUGUUCGCAAAGAUGAAGUGGGCUACUGUUGCAACUGCUCUGUUGCCAUUGGUUUCGGCCCAUGGCUUCACACACGAGCAAUAUGCCUCUGGAGAAGUCAUGGACUUGAUGAUGUCUGGGAAAGAGGCAACAUGGGCCGAGCGCGAGGCAGCUGGCGACUACGACAACAAGCAGUGGAACGACUUUCAAAAGAAGCGUAGCAGCAAGAACAAGAUCGAGUGCAAGCACGGUCGUGUUGAGGCUGUCAAGGGCGAUGCCAACCAGACAUACAAGUGCAAGAACAUCGACUUGUAUGACUUCAAGACGCAUCAGGAGCUUGGCCAACCCGUUGGUCGAGGUUCAGGAUCGUGGGGUUGGACCCACAAAGGCCGUGAGUUCAUUGCUAUUGGCCAGACCGAAGGCACUGCUUUCGCUGAGGUCACGGACAAGGGUCAGCUCGAGUACCUUGGUCGUCUGCCAGCGCACAAUGAUUCUGUUGUCUGGCGCGAGAUCAAGACAGUCGGCGACACCCUUGUUGUCGGGUCUGAGGGCAUCGGUCACGGUGUGCAGUUCUUCGACCUGAAGAAGCUUCUCAAGCUCUCCCCAAAGAAGCCCAAGAUCUUCGACAUCAAAAAGGAUGUCGCAUGGCUCAACAUCACCCAGGGUAUUGCCGGACGUACACACACUGUCGUUGCCAAUGAGGAGUUGAACUACGCCGUUGCCUGCGGCUCUGGUGGACGUCCAGGUCGUAAUGAUACCUGCGCCGGUGGUCCCAUUUUCAUCAACCUCGACAACCCGUCUAAGCCCUAUGUCACCGGCUGCGCGCCCCAGGACGGCUACACCCACGAUGCUCAGUGCAUCGUCUACCGUGGUCCCCACAAGAAGUACUAUGGUCGCGACAUCUGCUACGGCUACAACGAGGACACCCUGACCAUCUACGACGUUACCAACAAGGAGGGCGUCGGUGCUGCAUCCAUCAUCUCGCGCACUCCUUAUGUCGGUGCUACAUACACCCACCAAGGGUGGGUUCUCGACCCCUAUUGGCAGACUCACCUUGUCAUGGACGACGAGCUCGAUGAGGGCCAAAUUGACCCUAACCGUACUGCUGUAGACUCGCCGGCAAAGGACGGAUUUGCCGUGACUUAUAUUUGGGACAUCCAGAACCUCGAGGCACCCAAAGUCAGUGGCCUCUACAAGUCUAGUGUCCGUUCCGUCGACCACAAUCAAUACGUCUACGACGGCCUCUCGUACCAGUCCAACUACCAGGCCGGUCUCCGCAUCCUCGACGUCAGCUCCAUCCCCCACUUCCCUGACGGCUCCAAGGUCGAAGAGAUUGCGUACUUUGAUGUCUACCCUCUGGAUGAUGCUAAGCCUGGUGGCGGUGAUGCGCUUUGGGGUGGUGGUACCUGGUCGGCAUACACUUUCCCCUCUGGAUAUGUUGUUGUCAACACCAUCGACCGCGGUCCAUUUGUUGUCAAGCAGAAGGGCGGAAAGGGCAAGGGCAAGUACUUCGGAAAGAACUAGAAACCUCAUGAUACGAAAAUAAUGACCUAGCGCGUACGACGCGUCUAAUGGUAAUGAAUAGUAGCUAUUUCAUGGAAUGAAAAGCAACACCUUUCAGACCUGC